AUGCUAGGUUCGCUCUUCCCCGACGCAGAACACGUCUUCGUCAAGGACGACCUCGCCUCCUUUCCGGCGCGCGUGCCCUCCGUGCGCGAGCUACACCUAUCCGGAAAGCGGGUGGUCGUGCUGUCUCUGCCAGGCGGCUGCACAUGGACAAAGAACGCGCUGGCCACGCAGCUCGCCGGCUACCGUUCAGCCGACGCGGACGGCUCCCUGUCGGCGGCAGCUGUCGACGCGGUGCUGGUGAUCUGCGUAAACGACGGCUAUGUGCUGGACGCGUGGAAGCGCGCGAGCGGGCUGGCGGGCGCCCGAGCAUUUACCUUUGUUGCUGACCCCUUCGGGACGUUGACGGCUGCACUCGGCCUGAGCUUGGAGGAGCCGGACCCAGAGCUCGGUCCGAAUCGAGGCAAGCGGGCGGCGCUGUUCGUUGCCGAUGGCGUGGUCAGGCUGCGGGAGGUGUCAGAGGCGGAGGGCGACCCGACCGGCGACGAGGACCAUGCCAACUCGGAUGCACCGCAGAUGCUGGAGUCGAUCCGGACGCUCGGCACGACGUGA